CAAGUCAGACAACAUAGAUCUGAAGAACAUCACUGACAUGUCCUAUGUGUUCAGCAGUGCCUAUACCCCAUUGUCCUGUAAGCUAGUGGAACAGGUUCUAACUAGAGGGGGAUUUACUGGAAUGGAGGAGAUCACAAAAUACCUCCCUGGAGGGGUGCACAGUGAGAACCAUGUCAAAGCAUCCAAAGACCACAGUACACCACUCAAAGACAAAUCAGGUAAAUCAGCUAGACACGACCGACCGGUCAGUAAAGUAGUACUCGUCUAUUUCCUGGGAGGAUGCACGUAUUCGGAAAUUACCGCUCUACGAUUCCUGGGCAAACUCAAAGGCUACAUAUUUGUAAUAGCAACCACUGCAAUCAUCAACAGUUCCACCAUGCUGGAAUCGGUGAUGGAGAAACCUCCAAUCUAGCCUUGGUGUUUAUAAGCAUUUAUGAUUUGUUAAUUUAUUUGCUGUUAUUUGUUGUUAAAAAAAAUCCAUUGAAACAAUUAAA